GCCGGAGAACAAGAGACGAAACCACGCGAGCACACCGGCGUCCUCCUCAACAUCGCCGACAUCCCGGACGCCCGAGUCACGUCGCGGAGGUCUGGACCCAGAUCGGGAUCGGUGGGACCGGGUUGGGAACCGAGGGGAGGCGAGCACGGCGGCCGCAUCGUGGCUCUCUCACCGCGGGAAUGUCCGAGGGAUUCCACGGGCGAGGUUGAACUCCUGCUUUGCCCCGAAGAGGAUUCAAUGAAAAUGUCUGUGUGCGUCCACGAGAACCGGAAGUCCCGGGCCAGCACCGGCUCCAUGAACAUCUACCUCUUCCACAAGUCAUCGUAUGCCGACAGCGUCCUCAUGCACCUCAACUCCUUGCGGCAGCAGCGUCUCUUCACCGACGUGCUCCUCCACGCCGGCAGCCGCUCCUUCCCGUGCCACCGCGCCGUGCUGGCCGCCUGCAGCCGCUACUUCGAGGCCAUGUUCAGCGGCGGGCUGCGCGAGAGCCAGGCCAGCGAGGUGGACUUCCGCGACUCGGUCCACCCGGAGGUGCUGGAGCUGCUGCUGGACUACGCGUACACAUCACGGGUGGUUAUCAACGAGGAGAACGCAGAGUCGCUGCUGGAGGCCGGCGACAUGCUGGAGUUCCAGGACAUCCGUGAUGCCUGCGCAGAAUUCCUGGAGAGGAACCUUCACCCGUCCAACUGCCUGGGCAUGCUGCUGCUCUCCGACGCCCACCAUUGCACCAAGCUGUCAGAGCUCUCCUGGAGCAUGUGCCUCAGCAACUUCCCUGCCAUUUGCAAGACUGAAGACUUCCUCCAGCUGCCCAAAGACAUGGUGGUGCAGCUUUUGUCCCACGAGGAGCUGGAGACCGAGGAUGAGCGGCUGGUGUACGAGGCCGCCCUGAACUGGAUCAACUAUGACCUGGAGAGGCGCCACCGCGACCUCCCCCAGCUCCUCGGGACGGUCCGCCUGGCCCUACUGCCUGCCAUCUUUCUGAUGGAGAACGUCUCCACCGAGGAGCUGAUCAACACCCAGGCCGGGAGCAAGGAGCUGGUAGACGAGGCCAUCCGGUGUAAGCUGAGGAUCCUGCAGAACGACGGGGUGGUCAACAGCCGGUGCGCCAGGCCCCGGAAGACCAGCCACGCCCUCUUCCUACUCGGGGGCCAGACCUUCAUGUGUGACAAGUUGUACCUGGUGGACCAGAAGGCCAAGGAGAUCAUUCCCAAAACGGACAUUCCCAGCCCGAGGAAGGAAUUCAGCGCCUGCGCCAUCGGCUGCAAGGUGUACAUAACGGGGGGACGGGGAUCGGAGAACGGCGUUUCCAAAGACGUGUGGGUCUACGACACGGUCCACGAGGAAUGGUCCAAAGCGGCGCCCAUGCUCAUCGCCAGGUUCGGCCACGGCUCGGCCGAACUCAAGCACUGCCUGUACGUGGUCGGCGGUCACACGGCGGCGACCGGCUGCCUCCCCGCCUCGCCUUCGGUGUCGCUGAAACAAGUGGAGCAGUUCGACCCGGCGGCCAACAAGUGGACCAUGGUGGCGCCCCUGAGGGAGGGAGUGAGCAACGCGGCGGUGGUCAGCGUCAAGCUCAAGCUCUUCGCCUUCGGGGGGACCGGCGUCACCCACGACAAGCUGCCCAAGGUGCAGUGCUACGACCCCCAGGAGAACCGCUGGACCGUGCCGGCGUCGUGCCCGCAGCCGUGGCGCUACACAGCUGCCGCCGUCCUGGGCAACCAGAUCUUCGUCAUGGGCGGCGACACCGAGUUCUCGGCGUGCUCGGCGUACAAGUUCAGCAGCGAGAGCUACCAGUGGACUAAAGUGGGCGACGUGACGGCCAAGCGCAUGAGCUGCCAGGCGGUGGCCUCGGGGAACAAACUGUACGUGGUGGGCGGCUACUUUGGCACGCAGCGCUGCAAAACCUUAGACUGCUACGACCCCACGCUGGAUGCGUGGAACAGCAUCACCACAGUGCCGUAUUCCCUCAUCCCCACCGCCUUCGUCAGCACCUGGAAGCAUCUGCCCGCCUGAAGACCUCCACUGGCCUCAUUCUGUCAGGUACGUCCGGAGCUGGCAAAGGUUCUCACACUUAAGAAUACUAGAAAACCUCUUUAAUUAACUUUGCAGUGUGCUUUUACCAAAAAAGGGAGGAGGGGGAGGGGGAGGGGGGGCUUGCCAUGAAUCAGUCUUAAAAUGUAGCUAUCAACGUCAAUCAAUGAAUUCUCUUCAAUAAAAUCAGUGAAAACUAAGUACCAAUGAACACAAUAUCAGUUGCAGGAUUAGGAACUACACUAAAGCAUGCAGCAUCUUUUUCUACGCACAAAGAAAACUUCUUUCUUGUGCUUGUCAAGGGAGCUAAUCUAAGAUGGAAGACAUCAGAUCCGUUUCUUCUUUCUGUAGCUUUGGACCAUCAUAAUCUUGGUCUUGAGCUUCAGGUCUGUCUUGGACACGACCCGUCUUGACAUUCAGGUCUUUUAGUUUCCCUGCUUUGUGUCCGGAAGCUCCUCUUUCCAAAGUCUAGAACUAGAUUCUCCUUCUGAGCCCUCGAGCCCAAUUUUAUGUGACGUAGCCUUAAAAGGUUUGCUAAUGAAGCUUUCUGACGCGCGGCUUUACUGAUUAUUCAGAUGAAUUUCACCUACAUGACCAAAAGCCACACAGUGGUGUCCAGUGGGAAGUUUGAAAACGUGAGCCCUCGACAGCAGUUCCACCGAUGGGCAGAAAACUGUGUCGACGUCUAUUAUAACAGGACGCGCCAAAACGCCUCAAGGACCCAUGCCUGAAAUUGACCAAGAAAUUAGCCAUUUUGGUUUGAAGCAGCUAUUUCGUGUGAAUUCCGGGACUCAUACAUUUUAUUCUUGCAGUGCUUUGGAUUUGAAGUCGAUCGUGUGCGGAACGCAGGCACUUAAGAACUCUUGAACGCUGGCUUCUUCCCCUCUAAUUGUGCUUCUGCCCCCUUGUGUACGGGAAUGCGGUGAGAAAACCCAAAAGAUGUGCGGUGGGAUACCAUGUGGUACCGCCACGCAUUACUGGAAUUCUUUGCGUGGGAAUUAGAGCGGAGUAUUGUGGGAAUAUUGAGCAUGUCGAUCCUCAAGACCUUUGAAUUCGGGCCGGCUCUUUUAUUUAAUUCUUGGGACUCUUUUUCCAGGUUCUUUGGACGCAUAAAGGAAUGUCGGAGUGGCUCUCAA